CAUUUGCGACAAAUAAUUGGAGCCACAGCCACGGAUAUGAUGCGUUUAGCUCAGCUUAUCAUAGGUCUGUACGUGGUCACAGUGGUUGAUGCGUUCAGUGGACUGCCCCAGUUUGACAGCGGCUGGUUGCCGCUAGAGGCGCAGUCAAAUAACUGCACCCUUCCGAUACCGCAUGGACUGGGCCAGGUACCGCGCCUCGUAGACGUCCAGGUGAAGUCUGUCGAGGAACCCAAUCUAGGAUUUAUAUUCAAGGCAAUAGGAAACGGAGAACGGGAUGAUGACCACAAUGAAACCUAUGGUGGCGCCAUAUACAUAUACAACGACAUCGACGUGGUCGUGUUCUUACCAAAUAAAAACAACCAUUAUGCAGUGGGCUCUGGAAUAAACACAGGACAUUGGCCAUAUUGGUUUGGACCUAACAUGCAAACGUCCAGAAAGGUAAACGUACGGGUGCGCUGCUGGCUGGAAACAGAGCUUCCGGUCCCUUGUUACGUGACUUCGAGUGCUGUUUUCAUGAAGGCCGGAUCCCAAUAUCUCAACGAGACGUUCUUAGAGCUUCACCACCAGAUAUCAAAGUACCCCGACAUCGUGAAGGUUCGAGCGCAUCUUACCGACGGACUAGAUGCCGGGUACUAUACCGAUGCCCAGGGGACAACCUUGUACAACAAAUGCAGUGGAACAAGUGGUCUGAAGUUCGGCUUCAAUGACGUCACGGUUCGAAUAUGGGCGCCAUCUGGGGGAAAUGUGUUGUUCACGCGACAUGAUGGCUGGGGAUUAAUUCGAUGGCCUGCAACAGCGAGUUCUGCAGACGUUGACGUCAUAGCUUGGUGUGACGUCACGGAUUCAGACGUGUUCAGCCAGACAAUUGCGUUUAACAACAGUUUUUCUGGUUCUGCGGUGGAGAUAAACGUCCCGGAAACACGCGUGGAUUUGAAUAAUUUGUUGAUAUAUGCAUUGAUAAAAGUGACAACAGGGCCGAAUGAAGGAUUCCUGUUUGAGACGGUGGGCAGUGCGAUGACAAACUCUCUCAUUCCAAGACCCACUUGUUCUUAUGGAGGUGUUGUGACUGCGUUUAACGGCUCAACGCUGAGGAUGUGGCACCCAACUUAUCUCGGGGCGUUUGUCUGCAUCGCGGACUCGAUGGACAACGGAAGUUACAGUCAAGGAGCUAAGGAAGGGGAGAUGAUAUUUAGGAUUAUGUCCACUCUGAUUCAAGUUGAGGACAGAAAAACGCAGCCAACCUUUGUAAGCAGCCACUACGAACGUUUUGAUGACACAACGUACAAUUCUACAGCAGUAUUGACCAAGUUUGCUGCGUCAUUAUUGUCAUGCGUCAGUUCCUGUCGACAGAACAAUGCAUGCGCGCUCGUGACAUUCAGUUCGAUUCAAGUGUGCAAGAUGUAUAAGGUGAAGGAUUAUGCGCAGAUGUACCACGAGGUCGGCACAUCAUUAUGUUCAUUAACGGCACGGUUGUUCCAUUGAUGCUCUAACGAGAGCAUCUUUCUCUCGGUGGUAAUUAAUUAGUAUCAGGACAUUAAACACAAGCGACAUAUUAAUGAAAGAAGGUAAAUGUUUUGUAGUAAUUUCCGUUUUUUACUUAUUUAUAUAAUAUUUAGGUUGAGGGGAGCAAUCAUGGACAGGGAUGUUGAAGCAAACGAAGGUUAUACUUUACGUAAACUUGCUAACUAAUUCAGCUCGUCAACGACUGGUUUCAAGUUUAAAAAGUAUUUUUGCAAUAUAAACGUCAACCAAAGUUUCUUCAUUGAAGUACAUACUCCCAACUUGCUAUUAUGUUGUUAAACAUUUUGAUGGAUCAACAUUUGGCUUUGAUCUAAAUACUCAAAUGGACUUUAGUUGAAACAAAAAGUUGAGUUACCAAUUAAAUAAAAAACCUAGACUAAGCAGAAUCAACGAAUUUUUUUCAGACGAAUGUUCGUAAUUACAAACCGUGUAGUGAUCAUGUUGUUUUUCGUGUUUUUUUAAUGCGCACGUUCGUACCUUGCGUGCUAUUUUAAAUAUGCUACAUGUAUUGUACAUUGAAUAUUGAUUGAAUAGUUUUGAUUAUAUAUGUGUUGUGUGUGUGUGUUGAUUAAAUUAAAUAAAUGAACGAUCA